GCAUGCAGCUGGGAAAUGCCGAGAUCCAGGCUGGAGACCGGCUAACCGGGGCUGCUGCCCGGGGGGAUAUAGCUGAAGUCCGACACCUUCUGCAUCUGGAGCUGGUGCAUCCUGAUUCCCAUAAUCGCUUUGGCAAGACUGCGCUGCAGGUAAUGAUGUUUGGCAAUAUCUUUGUGGCUGAAGAACUGCUGAAGCAAGGUGCCAACCCUAACAUUCAAGAUGGAUCUGGCACAACACCUGCUCAUGAUGCUGCCCGCACUGGCUUUCUUGAUACCUUGAAAAUCCUGGUGGAGCAUGGUGCAGAUGUCAAUGUCCCAGAUGCUUCUGGCUCACUGCCCAUCCAUGUUGCUAUUCGAGAAGGUCAUACAGAUGUGGUUUGCUUCCUGGCACCUCAAUCCCAACUGCAGCAUAAGGACUACAAGGGGCGAACACCACUGGAGCUAGCAGAGCAUCUCGGGCUUUCACACAUCCAGUGCAUCCUUGAGCAGCACCUCUUUGUCCCAGCUUAAUUUCAGAAAGAGCCCUCUGGUCUGGACCAAGCUAACUCUCCUCUGCCUGCUAGGCCUCUGUUCCCCAAGACUGUCCUUUUUUCCCCCAAAGCCCCAGAACAAAGAUAGUUCCUCUUGCCCUACCUCAAAAUGUGCGUUGAAUUAUUUGUUUCUAUUU